UAACUCAAAAAUUACAUGGUGCAAUUUCCAUUGUAUUCAAUAAGCUCACGCAGCUGCCUUCUUGGUCAGCAAUUUACUCCUACCUCAAAUAAAACAAAUUAAAAUAAAACACAACCAAACUAAUUAUACUUAAACUUUAUCUAAUUAUCAAUUGCUACACAAUACAACAUUUAAUGAAUCAUAAUCAUGAUACACAUAUUUUCAUACCUUUAGAUCUCUCCAAGAUCCAACAACCUUGCGUCAUUUUCCCUUCUUUCUCUCUCUUUUGUCUCCUUUUUCCUAUACUAUCAACGUACUUUCAUCUUCUUUCUAUUUUCUUCAACCAAUUCUCUUUUAUUUCCACAGAUUGAACAAUCUUUCAUGGCUCAUAUUUCAGAAACAAAUGGCAAAAUCAAGCAGGAUGAUUCUCAUGCUAAAACAAAUGGGAAAGUGAAGCAUGAUGAAUCAUUGGUUGUUUGUUUUGGGGAGAUGCUGAUUGAUUUCGUGCCCACAGUUAGUGGAGUUUCACUUGCUGAAGCUCCUGCUUUUGCAAAAGCUGCUGGUGGUGCACCUGCCAAUGUUGCUGUUGGAAUCUCACGGUUAGGAGGUUCAUCGGCUUUCGUUGGGAAGGUAGGGAAGGAUGAAUUUGGCUUCAUGUUAGCUGACAUUUUGAAGCAAAAUAAAGUGGACAAUUCAGGCAUGAGAUUCGACCCUGGGGCAAGGACAGCAUUGGCUUUUGUUACUCUAAGAGCUGAUGGAGAGCGUGAAUUUCUCUUUUUCCGAAACCCCAGUGCUGAUAUGCUCCUGCAAGAAUCCGAGCUUGACAAAAACCUGCUUCAAAAGGCACGGAUCUUUCACUAUGGCUCAAUUAGUUUGAUAGUAGAUCCUUGCAGGUCAGCUCAUCUUGCUGCCAUGAAAAUUGUGAAGGAAGCUGGUGGUUUUCUUUCCUAUGAUCCAAAUUUGCGGAAGCAGUUAUGGCCAUCAGAAGAAGCUGCUCGAGAUGGCAUAAUGAGCAUAUGGGAUCAAGCUGAUAUGAUUAAGGUAAGUGAAGAUGAAAUAGCAUUCUUGACCAGAGGAGAGGAUCCAUAUGAUGAUGACGUGGUGAUGAAGCUCCUUCAUCCAAAUCUCAAACUCUUGAUUGUGACCGAAGGGUCAAAUGGCUGCAGAUACUAUACUCAGAAUUUUAAAGGUAAGGUUUCUGGCGUAAAAGUCAAAGCUGUGGAUACAACUGGUGCGGGUGAUGCAUUUGUGGGAGGUGUUCUAAGCAAUUUAGCUUCCGACUUGAACUUAUUCAAGGAUGAAAAGCGAUUAAGGGAAGCUUUACAGUUUGCAAAUGCUUGUGGUGCUGUUACAGUUACAAAGAGAGGAGCCAUUCCAGGUUUACCAACACGAGAUGAAGUCCUUGAAGCGUUACGACAAAACUGAUCCGAAAAUGUAGGCAAAUUCUUUUUUCAAGUAAUUUCAUGUAUCUGGUGUAGCUAUAGGCUCAUAAUCCUUUUUGUAUCAAUAGCUUUUUCUGUUUCAGUGUGUAGGUUCUUCCUACUUGAGACUUAACAGAGGAAUUGCCAUUUUCAAGCUAACUCUUUAGCUUGUUUUGUUGUUGUAGUAUUGUGUCAUUUUCGGAAUAUAUGUGGCAUCAUUUUUCUAUAUUUAUAUUUAUUAUUCUUUGUAUGGAAAUAAAAUGUCAUUGUAGAAUCAAAAAUUUGAAAUGAAGAAUUUUUCGAUAAAAAAAAAAGCAAA